ACAGAGAGCGAGGCAGAGCAGAGCCAGGCAUUAGCAUACUGACAGAGUUCCAGCACUGCAGAUCUCUCUCUCUGUCUCUUGUUAUUGUUUUUUAGCCUGUCCGUAAAAGACAGGAAGACAAGGAGAGCAGGGAGGAGGACGAGUGUGAAACAAAUCCUGUGUGUGACGGAUGAGAAAAGAGGAUAUCUGCCUUUUUCACUGGUCCCAGCACAGAAUUCAGAAGCCACUUAAUGAAGAUGCUUGAGGCUGGGAGUUAAGAGCGCUCCACCCUAUAGAGCGUGUUCCAGGGCUGGGGGCUGGAUCCAGAGACCCCUGCCUGGGGGGGGUGAAGGGCCCUCACGGCCCUGUGUGAGUCUGGACUAUGGGGGAUGGAGGCGGAGCUGCAACUGGAGGAGAUGGGGUGAACAAGUCCCAUGUCCUGUUUGACAAAUUUGUCCAGGGGACCACGUGUAAGGGCACGCUCAAGGCCUUCCAGGAGCUGUGUGACCACCUGGAAGUCAAGCCCGGCGAGUACAGGAUCUUCUAUCACAAGCUCAAGUCCAAACUCAACUACUGGAAGGCCAAGGCGCUCUGGGCAAAGUUAGACAAGAGAGCCUGCCAUAAGGAGUACAAAAAGGGCCGUGCCUGUGCCAACUCAAAGUGUCUGAUCAUUGGUGCGGGACCAUGCGGCCUACGCACAGCCAUCGAGCUGGCUUUCCUGGGGGCCAAAGUGGUGCUGUUGGAAAAGAGAGAUGCCUUCUCUAGGAACAAUGUGCUGCACCUCUGGCCCUUCACCAUCCAGGACCUCAGGGGCCUCGGGGCCAAAAAGUUCUACGGAAAGUUCUGUGCCGGUGCUAUCGAUCAUAUCAGUAUUCGUCAGCUUCAGUUAAUUCUCCUGAAAGUGGCACUCCUGCUGGGCAUUGAGAUCCAUGUCAAUGUGGAGUUCAAGGGUCUUAUUGAGCCCCCACAAGAUCAAGAAACUGAAAGAAUAGGCUGGAGGGCUGAGGUCCAUCCCAGGACACACCCUGUCAAUGAGCUGGAGUUUGAUGUCAUCAUCGGAGCAGAUGGAAGGAGGAACACGCUACCAGGGUUUCGGCGUAAGGAGUUCCGGGGCAAGCUUGCCAUUGCCAUCACCGCGAACUUCAUCAACAGGAACACGUCGGCGGAGGCAAAGGUUGAGGAGAUCAGCGGGGUGGCCUUCAUCUUCAACCAGAAGUUCUUUCAAGACCUCAGAGAAGCAACAGGUAUUGACCUGGAAAACAUUGUCUACUACAAGGAUGACACGCACUACUUUGUGAUGACUGCCAAAAAACAGAGCCUGCUGGAGAAAGGAGUCAUUCUGCAUGACUAUGCAGACACAGAGCUGCUGCUGUCCAGAGCUAACGUGGACCAGGCUGCCCUGCUGUCGUACGCCAGCGAGGCUGCAGAUUUCUCCACCAACCAUCAGCUGCCCGCACUGGACUUUGCCAUCAACCACUACGGCCAGCCCGACGUGGCCAUGUUCGACUUCACCUGCAUGUACGCUUCAGAGAACGCUGCCAUGGUGCGCCAACGCAAUGGCCACAAGCUGCUGGUGGCGCUUGUGGGCGACAGCCUGUUGGAGCCCUUCUGGCCCAUGGGCACUGGCAUCGCCCGAGGUUUCCUGGCAGCCAUGGACUCAGGCUGGAUGGUGAAGAGCUGGGCUCAGGGAAAAACCCCUCUCGAGGUUCUGGCUGAGAGGGAGAGUAUAUAUCGUCUACUGCCCCAGACCACGCCAGAAAACGUCAGUAAGAACGUCAGUCAUUUCAGCGUGGAUCCAACCACACGUUACCCCAACAUUAGCCUUAACUUCCUCAAGCCCAGCCAGGUGAGGCACCUCUGCGACACAGGGGAGUCCAGGGAAGUGCACAUUGAAAUUGAGAAUGUGAUCAACUCGUCAACACCCAAGUUGGCCAGGAAUGACAAUUGCCUGCUUGCCAAGCAGUUGCAAGAAUCCAUAGCUCGAUCCAGUAAGCUGCUGAACUGGUGCCAGAGACAAACGGAGGGAUACAGGAAUGUUAACGUAACGGACCUUACGAUGUCUUGGAAGAGUGGUCUGGCCCUGUGCGCCCUCAUUGACCGAUAUAGACCGGACCUCAUUGACUUUGAUUCCCUGGACGAGCGAGACCAGGAGAAGAACAACCAGUUGGGUUUCGACGUGGCGGAGAGGGAAUUUGGCAUUUCGCCCUGCAUGACUGGCAAGGAGAUGUCGUCUGUGGUGGAGCCAGACAAACUCUCCAUGGUCAUGUACCUCAGCCAGUUCUAUGAGAUGUUUAAGGACACAGUGCCACCCGGAGAUAACCACAACUUGAGUCCUGAGGAGAAGGCAGCACUUAUAUCCAGCACCAAAUCUCCCAUCUCCUUCCUCAGCAAACUUGGUCAGAGCAUAGCAAUAUCCAGGAAACGAAAUCCGAAGCAGGACAAAAAAGAGAAGGAUGUGGACGGUUUGGGGAAGAGAAGGAAAACCAGCCAGUCUGAAGAUGAGGAGGGAUCCAGGACCGGUCGUGACGACAGGCCGCCCGCCACGGCCGUCCUGUCGGAGAGAAAAAUGGACUCCUGCGCCGCGGGGAACCACAACAAAGUCAAAGUCAUGGCCACCCAGCUGCUCGCCAAGUUUGAGGAGAACGCGCCGCAGCCCACGGGACUCAAACGGCAGGGGGAGUCUCUGCCCAAUCUGGACUGCCUUUCGCCCCUUAUCCCGCCCAAAACCCCUUUGAAUGAGCCGGUGCGCCUGGCACCUGUCCCAGCGUGGAGAAAGGCCAGGAGUGGUGCAGACCAACUGUCCAGCUCGGGCUCUCGCAGCUGCCCAAAGAAAACCAUUCUGCUCCCUUCUUCCUCCUCCACUUCCUCGCUCUCUCUUCACUCAGAGGAGUGGAAGCUUCCGCACCUGACAGACCCAAGACCCAUUCACAUACCUGGUAUACAGGAGAGGGCGGAUCGCUUAAUCUCCAGGUUUAAGGGCAAACCUGACAGGCCACCAAAGCCUAAGAAAAAGCCGUCCUGUUUCUUUUUAGAGCAGUGGCACUUGUCCCGGGACCUGAGUGUGAGUCCUGGUUUACCCCUAUCCUCACCUGACUCUUCCAGAAAGGAGCCAGCAAGGCCUCUACACUCUGAUGAUGAAAUGCCCUUAUAUGUGCUUAGCAUUCAGGAGAGGGCUGAGCAACUUGCCUCUCAGUUUGAGGGCAAGUCGGCCAGACCACAGCCUAAGAAAAAACCCUCACGUUUUUUUAUGGAACAAUGGCACCUGCCCCGAGCCCAGUCUCCUCCUGAUUCUCCCCCCUCCACCUCUGACACCUUGAGACAGCGCUAUGUAAGGAUGUACACAGGCGGAGUUAGCUCAUUGGCUGAACAGAUAGCCAGUCAACUUCAGUCUCAGGAAGACCCUAAGCCCCAACCCGAAAAGAGGGAUUUGGGCUCUCUCAGAAAAGAGUUCCCCGUCAACAUCGGCGGCAGUGAUGUGUGCUUCUUCUGCCGAAAGCGUGUGUACGUUAUGGAGAGGCUAAGCGCGGAGGGGAAGUUCUUCCAUCGCAGCUGCUUUAAGUGCGAGUACUGUGGCACCACACUGCGACUGUCCUCCUACGCCUUUGAUGUGGAGGAUGGGAAAUUUUACUGCAAGCCCCACUUCUGUUACCGUCUGUCUGGCUAUGCUCAGAGAAAGAGGCCUGCUCCCUCCCCUGCUCCAGUCGCUGCUAAGGAGAACCAGGCGCCCCAAACUCCUACGGCGACCGUUGAUGCCCCCGGAAGGGCGAUGGCGGCGGCAGCCCCCUCGGCCGAGCUCCAGCCCUCAGUGCCAGAGGUCAACGGCCUGCAGGAGCCCAGCCUAGCUAAACGUCUACGGGGAACUCCGGAGCGCAUCGAGUUGGAGAACUACCGGCUGUCCCUGCAGAAGGAGGAGGAGCUGGAGGAGGUGCCUGAGGAGACACUGGCAGAACACAACCUCAGCAGCGUGCUGGACAAGGCCGCAGACGCUGACCUGGGCUCCAGUAGCUCCGAGUCAGAAAUGGACGAGGAGGAUGAGCAGGAGGACCAGGAGGAGGUGGAACAGCAGCCUCUCAGCCCCUCCGACCUCGGCGGGGUUCCCUGGAAGGAGGCGGUGGAGCUCCACGCCAAACUGAGGGGCGAGGAAGAGGGCGAGGAAGAGGGCGAGGCUCUGGCCGACGCGGUCAGCAGAGACGGAGAAGUAGAUGAAGACGAGGAGGAAGAUGAGGAGGAAGAGGACGACGAGUCGAGCGACGAGGGGGAUUACUGCCCCUGGGAUAGAGAGCUCCAGUCAGGCCUUUGGCUGGAGAAGCACCUCACAGAUGAAGAAGAUGUUGGUACAUUUAAAGCAAGGAACCUAAGGAUCCAACAGAUCCUGCAGCCUGUGGACCCUCAGGCCAUCCCAGGUUUGGUGAGAACACACGUGGACUCUGAGGGAGACACGGAGGGCCAGCUGGCCUCAGCCUCCCAACUCUCCCAACCCUCUGAGCUCACGCAGGCCUCCUCUACAGAGCCCUGUGAGGAUGGAGAUCUGGAAGCAGAAGCAGACAGUCCGGAUAUGGAGCCUGGUACAGAGAUGGAUCAGGAUGACAUCCCUUCAGAUGCAGAAGCUGAGGCUCAUUUGCAUCAGUCAGAGCGUGCCGAAGAGCUUCCCGAGGAAGCCAAGAAAUCAGAAAGUCUGAGAAUGUCCUCCAGUAUUGAACCAUCCAGCAUCAGCCCCAUGCAGAAAGAAGAUGUUGUUCUUUCCCCACUCAAUCCAUCUCCAGAGCCUGAAUCACAGAUAACUCUGGUGAUGUCUCCUGGUGCCCGCUUUUUCCCAGAACCAUUCAUACCGGAGGAAACGAAGGCUGAGAGGACAUCUCCCUCACCAGCCGCCAAUAGCCCUCUGUUCCCUUCACCCGCACCAGUCCGCGAUCCUUCCUCUCUCCCUUCUCCUACUCUUGCUGCCUCCCUUAUCAAUGUCCCUGCCUCACAUCCCCCCAGUUCACUCACCAAAUCAUCACCAGCCAUCGAGUCACCCGUCAGAUCACCCGUCAGAUCCCCUGUCAAGUCACCUGUUGGCUCCCCGAUCCGCUCUCAGCCCACCCCCUUACCGGAGACUUGCACACCUAUAUCUCCCGUCUACCCUCACCGCUCUAUUUGCCCUCUCACAGGCAACUCCCUCUCCCCAAUCUGCGCUCGGCCUUUGCUCUGCCAGGAACCCUCGUCACCCCUCGCCUCCGACUCUCCGGUCAGAACUCAGCCUGUCCCUGCGGUCACUUCCACGCCCAUGACCAAAACAGACAAUGGCCCGCCCGAGCCUUCAAAUUCUGUAGAUUCCUCAACAGAGGAAACUCCAUCUAAAAAGACCGAUAUCAUUGAGGAAUUUUGGUUGAAGAGUGCCGAGAUCAGAAAGAGCCUCGGUUUGACUCCUUUGGACCGCAGCAGUAGGAUCUUAGAGAGGAGUGUUGUCACGGCUCCAGCGCAGGACUCCGACCCUGUUAAGACACAGUCUCCCGACGUGCCGGAGGAACAGAAGCCUGCCUUCACUGGCCGCGCUGUCAUCCGCAGACUCAACAUAACUCUUGAGGGUCAGGUCAUUACCCCCAUUGCUCUUGCGGAGCCCAAGAGUAAUGGCUCUGAUAAGAGGGACCUGAGCAGCAGCUCUGGCCUGGGGUGGAACGGGAGCAUGGCCACGAGCCAGACCGCAAACAGUGACAGCUAUAACACGUCCGACUCCACCAUGCUUACCCCGCCCUCCAGCCCGCCGCCACCUGUGCCUGCUAAUCAGUCUCCCGCUGUGUUCCGGCAGCAGAGACACCAGGUGUCUUGGAGCAACGGGAUAGAAAAACCUCUACCUGAGCGUGCCAAAGAGCCAGCGAAAGUCAAGAGUCCUGUUCCUGCACCGAGGACCCAGCUGAGCCCCGUGUCCGCACCCAAACCCGCGCCCAGGAAAGUCUACUCACCCCAGGCAGAGCCAGAACCAGAACCAACUCCAGUGGUCGUCAUGAGGGAGAAGAAGAAGCCACGGCCGCAGGAGGCGAGGAAGUCGUUUGUGGAGACGGUGGAGGAGAUUCCGUUUGCCGAUGACGUGGAAGAGGCCUAUGAUGAGCGGACACCAGACACGAGCAUGAACCGGUACUAUACUCCACCCACCAGCAAGCCCAGCAGGUACAGACCUCCCCUACAUCUGGCUCUAGCCAUGGAAAACGGUAAACCAAGUAUCCAUGUCAACCAAGCCUCCAAGACCGAGAGGGCAACUCAGUUCUCCCCAGAGGCCAAAGAGAUCGCUGAGGAGAGAAUGAAGGCCAGAGAAAAGUCAGUCAAGAGCCAGGCUCUGAAAGACGCCAUGGCCAAGCAGCUCAACAAAAUGAAAGAAUCUGACAAAGACAAGGGUGCCUUACCUAAAACGGCCUGGAGCGUAACCCCAGAUGCUGUCGGAAAAAGUAAAAAGUCAGCCGGGUCGCCGAAGACAUCAGCCGUGAAAGCUCUGGAGUCAAAGAAGGCCGAUAUUUUACCUGAGCGUUUCUUCAGCAGCAACAAGAGUCUGGACAGCUCGGUGGCUUCGUCAGACGGCUCCUCUACGAGUAAGAGCAAAAAACGAAGUUCCCUUUUCUCGCCGCGCAAGAAUAAGAAGGAGAAAAAGGCCAAGAACGACAGCAGCAGGCUCUCCGGCACAGACGAGACUCCGCCCAAACACAAGUCGCUGUGGAAGGCCGUCUUCUCAGGGUACAAGAAGGACAAAAAGAAGAAGGACGAUAAAUCAUGUCCGAGCACGCCGUCCUCCAGUUCCACCACUCAGGACUCUGGGAAGAAGAAAACCUCACCAUCAUCCGACUUGAAAUCCCGCAGAAACUUGAGCUUCUCCGAGGAAUCCGACCUGUCCUGUGACGAUGUUCUGGAGAGGUCCUCCCAGAAGUCAAAGGCAGAUUCUGUUUAUGUCCCUCACGCACUGGCGUUCAAGAGAUCGUACGCCACAAAGAAAACCUACACCGAGGAAGAGCUGAAUGCCAAGCUGACACGAAGGGUCCAGAAAGCUGCACGCCGACAAGCCAAGCAGGAGGAACUCAAGAGGCUGCACAGAGCCCAGAUCAUCCAGAGACAGUUGGAGCAGGUGGAGGAGAAGCAGAGGCAGCUGGAAGAGAGAGGCGUAGCUGUGGAGAAAGCUUUGAGAGGAGAAGCAGUUGAGCCCUUUGUGGGGAUGCCACGCCGAAGAACCCUCUCCUUCUGCCCCUGCUGUUCCCCUGAAGGCAUGGGCAAGAAGGAUGAUCCCAAGCUAAUGCAAGAGUGGUUCAAGCUGGUGCAGGAGAAAAAUGCCCUGGUCCGCUACGAGUCAGAACUCAUGAUAUUUGCCAGAGAGUUGGAGCUGGAGGACCGACAGAGCCGCCUGCAGCAGGAACUCAGGGAGCGAAUGGCUGUUGAAGACCACCUGAAGUCGGAGAAGGAGCUCAGUCAAGAGAAGCAGAUCUUGAAUGAGAUGUUGGAGGUGGUGGAGCAGCGUGACGCCCUGGUGGCCCUCUUGGAUGAGCAGAGGCUUCGGGAGAAAGAGGAGGACAAGGACCUGGAGGCUGUAAUGCUCUCCAAAGGCUUCAACCUCAACUGGGCUUAGGAGGAAUGAAAUAAUUGCUCGUCAAGCCCUGGUGAAAAGAGUUGACUUGGGAUAGGCGGUCUUGGCCUCGGGUGGUCCUCUUGGAUCAGGAUAGUCUGCUGAACACCUGCAGCAGUGAAUGUGUAAAGAUUCCCCCAACACACACACACACACACAAACACUACGACUGCCUCUGACAUUGAAGCAGUAUGCAACGUUUACAUAUCCUCUGCCCAAAAGGCAGUCCCAGUUAAUCACUUUGCAGUUUUUUGCUUGCUCUCGCUCCCUGUGGGUGUAGAAGCGGGCACAUUCACAGCUUUAUCAGCCCAGCCUUGAAGUGGAUCCUCUCAAACAGGGGGGGGCGGGCUUUGGGAGAAUGUUUAAAGACUUGUUUCAUUCUCGAUUAUCUAAAGGGAAGAAUGCAGUUCGGUCCUGCUGAUGUAAAGGAAUUGUAAAGAAUUGUGUUUUUUGUGUAUAGUUGUAAGUAAGUCACAUUGUCGGCGGAUGAGGGUCAUCUCUUUUUUUUUUUUUUCAAAAAAAAAAAAAAAAAAAAAAGGACUGCUACAGAGGUGUGUUUAAAUCUCUGAUUCUCCUUUCCAGUCUGACUGUAGGACGAACAUCCUCUGCUGAAGCUGCCUUUCUAUCCAGUGACAAACUGACUUCUGCAUCCUUACGAACCAUAAAGACACCAUAAAAGGCUCUAUUUCCCCCCCCUCACAGUGUUUUUGUGUUUAUGAGUCAACACUAAGAAACCAUUAAAUAUGGCCAUGGUUUUAAUGUAUUUAUUAUCUUUGUCUGUUUUUUAACAGAUACACAUUUUUGUUUUGUUUUGCAUUCACAGGAGAGUGCCCUGCAUCUCAUUAUCUUGCACUUGUGCAUGACUCAGAUGCACCCCAUAAGCCAUUGCAUGUCAGGAAUGAAGGCUGCAGGCACAUAAAAGAACUUUACCUUGUCUUUGAUAGCUAGGACAUAGAAUACAGACUUAUACUAUUUAUGAACACUCAAGCAUUUCACAUGACUCGAUAACGACGGGCCUCUCCUUGACAUGUACUGUACAUCACACACUGACAGUAAACGUUUACGAACGCUUGUCCAUAUUCGAGAUCGGGUGUUUAUGUUUCCUGCUGUGGUAAACGGUAGCGAGGUAAAAACAACCGUCGAAAAGGAUUCAUCUAUGAAGGAGCUGUGUCUUCGAGGCCAGAUACGUUUUCCAGCGUGGGAUGUUCUCAUUAAUGAAGCCGAUUUCACUGUUGUUAAUGGGAGAUCAGCGUAGCUCACAUUACUCAUUUUGUGCCACAGGACUGUCUCUGUUGGUGGAUAUGCUGCAAUAUCUGAGAAAUACACCACAAAGACUUACCCACUACACAUCACUCACAUCAAUGUAUGGCAGUGUUAAUACUUUACCCUUGAACAAGAUGCCUUUUUCAUUUUCAUUCUCUAUACUUAAGUUAUAUUUUAUUAUGAUCCUGUAUGUUUUUUGAGGUAGUCACAUAUGUGUAUCCCACUGGAACUCCAAGAUUAUUAUUUUUUUCUCAAAUGCUUUUAUACAGCACGUCCCCACACAAACAAAUAGAUGAUUUUAAAUAGGGAGCUUAAGAAAUGCAAAGUGCUUUAUGAGCAACUUAAUAGGAGCGUUAUGGUUUAACUGGUGGGCAGUCAAAUCUAAUAGCCUUUUCGACAACUGUAAAACUCCAGAUGGUCACUGUUUUACAGCACAGAAACACUAGAGGCUAUAUUUAUGAGCUGUGAAUAAAAAACAAGUGAUAUAAUUUCGAGGGUUGUUGUUUUAGACGGUGUGUGAUAAGUUUGACAUGAUUGUAUUGAUAUUUAUUAACAUGUGUGCAAACUGUAUUAUAUGUAAAGAAAAUGAAUCCUAAUUUUUAAACUGUUCUGUUGACACGACUUGUAAUGUAAAUGCUUCAUGUAGCUAAAAUGCAUAGGGGUGUUGGAUGUAUGCUGAAAACGACAAUAAAACAAUGCAGUUCUUUUAAAUGUU